GAAACCCAUAAAGGUCACCUUGAAGUGGCAUAGUGUGUCACCUUGGGUUCUUGUAUUUCAAGCGAAAUUGUGUAGGUAAUCGAGGGGUGAUUCUGCUCCAACCUUUUAUCAAAAGUACUUUUCCUGGAUUAAACUGUGACUUUAUCACGCGCGUUUCACUCGAAUAUCCAUUAGUUGCUGCCCGAAUCUUAACAGUCCCUACUUUCAUGCGUUGAAGUGAGACUUAGUGUUUGAAACGGUUUUACUGGUUCUUGGGCAAAAUUGUGCCUUGAUUUUCCCAAAGUACAUUGGUUAUUACUGCUAAUUCUCAAAGAAAUUCCUUUUAGCUUAGUUGUCACUGAAACUUUUUAAAGAAAGCCCUACGUGGAAAUCCAUAAAGAAGUUGAAUUCCAAGGAAAUUUAUUUUGUCAAAAUGUCGACGAAGGGCGUAGAAUACAAACAAAGGUUUAUCGAACGAGGAUCGCAUAAGGGAAAGGGACUGGCUGUUCUUACAAGCGGAGGUGAUUCGCAAGGAAUGAAUGCAGCUGUACGUGCAGUAGUUCGUAUGGGCAUUUAUUUAGGAUGUAAGGUCUAUUUUAUUCGAGAAGGCUAUCAAGGAAUGGUUGAUGGUGGAGACAAUAUUCAAGACGCGAAUUGGGCAUCAGUGUCAAGCAUUAUUCACCGUGGAGGCACGGUGAUUGGUUCUGCACGAUGUGCUGAUUUUCGGAAACGAGAGGGUCGUUUGAAGGCUGCUUACAAUUUAGUAAACAGAGGAAUUACAAAUUUAGUUGUCAUUGGUGGCGAUGGUUCGCUUACGGGAGCAAAUUUAUUUCGUUUGGAAUGGAGUAGUUUACUGGAUGAAUUAGCACAAAAUGGAAAGAUAACGCCGGAACAAAAGCAAAAAUAUGGAGUUUUGCACAUCGCAGGGAUGGUUGGUUCAAUUGAUAACGAUUUUUGUGGCACAGAUAUGACUAUUGGAACUGAUUCGGCUUUGCAUCGAAUUAUCGAAGCUAUUGAUGCAAUUGUGAGUACAGCUUAUUCGCAUCAAAGAACAUUCAUUAUGGAAGUCAUGGGGCGCCAUUGCGGUUACCUAGCGGUAGUAACUGCCUUAACUAGUGAAGCUGAUUAUGUAUUCAUACCCGAAGAUCCAGUUCCAAAUGAUUGGCAAAUAUCGUUAUGUGAAAAAUUAGCUCAGGAACGCAGCGCUGGUCAGCGUUUGAAUAUUAUCAUUGUUGCUGAAGGAGCCAUUGACCGUGAUGGGAAGCCAAUAACCGCAGAAGACGUCAAAAAAGUAGUUGUUGAGAAACUGCAGCAAGAUACAAGAAUUACAGUUUUAGGUCAUGUACAACGUGGUGGCAAUCCAAGUGCUUUUGAUCGAGUUCUGGGAUGUCGGAUGGGUGCCGAAGCUGUUCUAGCUUUAAUGGAAGCGACGCCAGACAGUGUGCCAUGUGUAGUUUCAUUGGAUGGAAAUCAAGCUAUCCGUGUUCCAUUGAUGGAAUGCGUUGAACGCACAAAAGCUGUAGCACAAGCUAUGGCUGAGAAAAAUUGGGAAUUGGCAGUAAAAUUGCGUGGAACGUCUUUCCAAAGAAAUUUAGAAACAUACAAAAUGUUAACUCGUUUGAAACCACCAAAGGAAUCUUUUGACGCUGCUGGAAAAGGGAUCGAAGGAUAUACGUUUGCUGUAAUGCACAUCGGUGCACCUGCCUGUGGAAUGAAUGCAGCCGUACGAUCAUUUGUAAGAAACUGUAUUUACCGUGGUGACACUGUGUACGCCGUUCACGACGGCAUUGAAGGCCUUGUUUCUGGUAACAUAAAAAAAAUGGGAUGGUCUGAUGUUACUGGCUGGGUAGGACAAGGAGGAGCUUUCCUUGGAACAAAGCGCACUUUACCCGAAGGGAAAUUCAAGGAAAUUGCUGCACGCCUUCGUGAAUACAAGAUCCAAGGUUUGCUUGUAAUCGGUGGAUUUGAAGGCUAUCAUUCAAUGGGACAAUUAGCGGAUCAGCGGCCUAAUUAUCCGGAGUUCUGUAUUCCACUUGUUGUCAUUCCGUCAACUAUUUCAAAUAAUGUCCCUGGUACCGAGUUUUCACUCGGAUGUGAUACCGGAUUGAAUGAGAUAACCGAAAUCUGCGACCGGAUUCGUCAGUCAGCUCAAGGAACAAAGCGGAGAGUAUUCGUUAUUGAAACAAUGGGAGGCUAUUGCGGUUAUUUGGCUACUCUUGCUGGUUUGGCGGGAGGUGCUGACGCUGCAUACAUCUACGAAGAAAAGUUUUCUAUCAAGGACUUACAGCAGGACGUUUAUCACAUGGCUUCUAAAAUGGCUGAAGGGGUCCAGCGUGGGUUAAUUUUGCGCAAUGAGAAAGCUUCGGAAAAUUAUAAUACAGAUUUCAUACAUCGCCUCUAUUCAGAGGAAGGAAAAGGAUUAUUUUCGAGUAGGCAAAAUGUACUGGGUCAUAUGCAACAGGGUGGAUCUCCAUCACCGUUCGAUCGCAACAUGGGCACAAAAAUGGCAGCUAAGUGUGUUGAAUGGCUUGUUGAGCAAUGUAAAAAGAAUACGCAACCUGACGGCACAAUCCGAGCUGAAGACGCUGCAAGUGCUUGUUUACUUGGAAUCGUUCGGCGUCAAUACAGAUUUACGCCAUUAGCUGAUCUCAUAAGUGAAACUAAUUUUGAGCAGCGUAUCCCCAAGAAACAGUGGUGGCUGAAAUUACGACCCUUAUUGCGGAUCCUCGCCAAACAUGACUCUGCUUACGAGGAGGAGGGUAUGUACAUAACUGUGGAGGAAGAGUGUGCCAGUGACGCUGCCAUCAUAUGAAUUGCUUCUAGUUACUUUUGUUCAUCAAUACAACUUUCUGUAUUUGUAGCGUUUAGACAUACUGUUAGAACAUUUGAAUAAUUGUUCCCUAAGCUGAUUGUAUUAUAAAUAAUGGGGAGAAGUCAUUCGUAUUGUUUUUGAAUAUAGUCUUUAUUAUGCUUUAUUAUGCUUUUGCUAGAGAUAUUUAUCCAAUAUUUGUCAUAUUUAAACAGAAUGGAGUAAGUAGAUGUCCAUAAGAUUCAUUAUUAAAAAUGGACAUUCAUUAACAUUCUUCACACAUCACAAAUCAUGAUUCCCUUCCAUAGGUAAAUGUCAAUCAUUUUUUCAAAUGCUACUAUGGGGUUUAAGAUGCAAUUUACAUUGUUCACCGCGUUGUUUUGUCGCCAUCGAUAAGUAUUAUUUUGCCGUUCGACUUUCUAUUUUAUAGUUAUUAUACAGUAAUACAUCUUGAUUCAAAUCA